AUGGGCUGCAUCCUGACCAAAGUCUGUCAAGAUGAAGAUCCGCUCAUGCUUGGAGAUCCAGAUUUGUACAAUUGUGAGCAGAAUGAGAUCACAACGCUGCCAUCCAGCCGCGUGCUAUCUCUAGACUCCAGUGGCGUCUCAGAACGGCAUCAGGUGACGCCCGUAUACAAAACGACUGAGUUAGGAUCAGACACAGACUCUCUGAGUCUGCUCGUAUAUGGGGGAGGUGUCCCAGGCGUAGCUCUAGAAACCGACGGCGCGGAUUCGCCCGAGCUCACAGGCACUCGAGAUGGAGGCUACAAGUCCCGCAACGGACGAUUGCAGUGGGGACUACCUCUCUCUGUCGGAGCGACUGCUAGCCUUGGACCAGGCGAAUGCAUCGCUGGAGGCAACCAUGGAGCGCUUGGCCCCAUUAGAAAUGGAGGUUGUUGCACUCCGUGCUCAGAACCAGUUGCUGGUUCAACUUCUGGUUGA